AUGGCCGAGAGACCAGAGGACCUCAAUCUUCCCAAUGCUGUCAUCACGCGCAUUAUAAAGGAGGCGUUGCCGGAUGGAGUUAACGUGUCCAAGGAAGCAAGAAGAGCGAUAUCUCAAGCAGCCAGUGUUUUCGUUCUCUAUGCAACAUCUUGUGCAAACAAUUUUGCUAUGAAAGCAAAAAGGAAGACACUCAACGCUGGAGAUGUGAUGUCAGCUAUGGAGGAGAUGGAGUUUGAGCGCUUCUUGCAACCCCUGCGGGAAGCACUUGAAGCUUACAAGAAAGGUCAGAAAGGCAAGAAGGAGGCAUCUGAACAAAAACGUAAGGACAAGGAGAAGAACAGCACAGAUGAGAACGACAAGAGUAGAGAUGAAGAGGACGAGCAAAUGGAUGAGCAGGAGGGAGAGAAUGAAGGAGAGGAAGAGGAUGUGGAGAACUGAGAGGAAACAGGAUUGUAUAAUUGUUCAAUCCGUCCUGGUUUCUAUCAACUAUGGCAAAUGGUAGUUUCCACAUUAAUAGUGGCACAAAGACAAGCCUAUGGUACUGAAUGUUUUACUUUAUGAAAUUGAGCAACUGU